AUGGGUUCUUUUUCGAGCGAGACCGUCGUGCAUCUAGCGCAAGACCCUGACCAUGCAUCAGAGCUAAUCAGCCUCUCCUACCAGUGGAAAGAUCAAGCGGAACCACCGGCAUUCGCUUUAUGGAUGGCCUCCUCAGAGGUAGACCAAAAGUUUUUGGGCCAUUUUGCAACCGCUACGAGCCACACCAAUCCCUUUCUCUCUGGGAUGUUGUAUAAGCUCCUCGGCCUUUCGGUGGUUUUGUCAAAGAAGCUUCUUCGAGCCCGCAAAUCACGUCGACUUGAUCCUACUCGAGAAACGAAAUCGUUACAACUUUACCACCACAUUUUAUGGCUCUCUCGCGAAGGAUUAAUCAUCGUGGAGCAGUAUAUCCUCCCGAUGGUUGCCGAUUACAUUGACCUGAAAGUCCUAUCAUACAAACUCCAAGCCUCGUUUUAUCAUAUCUUCGUUCUCUUUCAUAAUCAGCCGAGGAUCAGUCGCCCAGGGAUUCAAACUUUCCCCUUUUCGACUUCACAUCUUGAUCUCCCUAAUGGCACUCGAAACGGCCAGAAAGAAGUUGACAUUAAUAAUCGUCCAAUCUCGAUCGUUCCCUCGCCACCACCCGACAUGGGCGGCCCCGUAGGGGGUGGGAAGCAUGCUCAAUCCCGCCCUCCAGGCCUUGGAAUGCAACCCGAUAGCCCCAAAAUUGCAGCAUCCUUUAUCCUCCCGGCACUUGAUUACACACCUCGUGCCACUGCAUGCUUUAGCUACGUGGCUCUUCUUGCCGACCAACUCCUCCCGGGCUCGCACCCUAUUAGAUUAUCAGUCAAACUUGAAUACGCAGCGUAUCUAUACGACUGUCUCCACGAUGCAUCGGCUUGCAGACGACUCGCUAAGCAAGCCAUUGCCGACGUGUACAAGGCCCAGGAAGGAAUGGACGAUGAAAGCUUUGAAGAUGCAGCGGAACUUGUUGGCAUUCUGGGCAAGAUGGUUAAAAGAGGAGGGAAAACGAGCAGUGCGGGUGGAAGCAGUGUCGACAAGUCGUGGAGUGAUGGGACUCAUAGCACCCCGACGCGCACCGCAAGAAGCGGAGAUAACACACCUAAAAUGCGCCAGAAGCGCAUCGCUUUGGGCUUGGAAGGUUCAUCACCGGCGAUUGCGCAUGACCCAGUGAUGGGCCACCCGAUUUGA